AAUGUAACCAAUGCAAUCUGCUUGCUUGAGUUUGGAAGCUUGUCCCUUGCUUCAGAGCUUCAGCCAGUUACCUCCAGGGGUCAGGAGGAAUAUUUUUCCCAAUGAACAAUUGGUUAAAUGUAUUUUGGGUGGUUUAUUUUGCCCUCCUCUGAAGCAUCGGUGACUGACCACAGUUGGAGACAGGACAUUGGAUGAGGCGGAUCAGAGCUCUGAGAUGCUACAGAGAAUCUUCUGGCUUAGAUGUCGGGCUGCUGUGCCUUGUUCAUCUGCUCAGGGUCAAACUGAUUGCCAGAUUUGGGGUUGGGAAGGAAGGACCUAAAUCACAGCCCAGGCCUGUGCAUGCUGGAAACGAUGUUGCCUCAAUUAUUAAAGACUGUGUUCCUCUGAAAGAUGGGAACUAUAUUCCUCAGGAUGACAGGGACUGCGUCCCUCCAGACUUUGACGACUGCGUCCCUCCAGACUUUGACGACUGUGUUCCUCCAGACUUUGACAACUGUGUUCCUCCAGACUUUGACAACUUCAUCCCCCCAGCCUUUGACGACUGUGUUCCUCCAGACUUUGACGACUGUGUUCCUCCAGACUUUGACGACUGUGUUCCUCCAGACUUUGACGACUUCAUCCCCCCAGCCUUUGACAACUGUGUUCCUCCAGCCUUUGACAACUGUGUUCCUCCAGACUUUGACAACUUCAUCCCCCCAGCCUUUGACAACUGUGUUCCUCCAGCCUUUGACAACUUCAUCCCCCCAGCCUUUGACAACUGUGUUCCUCCAGCCUUUGACGACUGUGUUCCUCCAGCCUUUGACAACUGUGAUCCCUCAGAAUAUGACGACUGUGGUCCCCCAGCCUUCAAUGACUCUGGUCUAUAGAUGGCAGGAACUAUACUCCUGUGGUCAAUGGGGACCAUAUUCCUCUGGAUUUUGGGGAUUAAGUCCCUCUGGACAUUGAAGACUAAGUAGAAAGAUGGAGCUGAAUGAAGGGAACAAGCCAGGGUUCUACUGCCAACAGAGAUUGAAACAAAAUUUCCGGAGGACGUAUCUGAAGAUCUUCACAUUAGAUUUUGCCAGGUCAUAUGUAGCAUGUGCCUGUUGAUGGUAUAACUGUAAAAUCUGACUGUUGGAUCCACAUGUUGUCUCUCAUCUGGUGAUGGGCCAACCUCCAAAUUCUGGAUUAUCCAAACCCUGUAAUGCUUAUCCAUUCCUUAUUCAAGUUAUCCAAACCUCUUGAGUCUGAAGAAUUGGGCUGGUAAGCUUAAGAGAACCCAUCAUCUAUAGCACUUUAGUUUGCAGUCAUGGAUGUAAACACAGAGAAAGGAGCUUUGCUCGUUAUAUUUCAGCACUUCCAGUUCUGAGCCCAGUUGCAUACCAAACACAGAAAAUAAAUUCAAAUUGUUGGGAAUCUCAAAAAAAGGUUUGGUUUCACUUUUGUUUCUAAAAACAAGGGAUGGUUUAGAGAUGAGAAGGAUUUCCUAGUUUUCUGGACCUAUGUGCUUAGCCCUCAUCUCGACGCCAGUCUUCUUUUCUGCUUAAUCCACGAGUGAAUGUGGGAAGAGGGGAAUAUCAAAGUCAAGCUGCCCCAUCUCAGUGGAUCGGAUUGCUUGGUGUUGCUCCUAGCAUGGCAUUUCGGGCCAAAUAGGCUGUAGUUUAAUGUAGUGAAGUUAGACAGAGGUUUAUCUCAUGCGUUGGUUUGUUUAACUGUAUAAACAAUAUAUCUGGUAAUUUAUUCUGCUAAAGUCACAUUAAAAAGGAAGCUACAUUGAACUUAUGCCUGGCUAGAGGCUGAACACAGGGUUAUUUUGACAAAAAGCCAUUGAAUUGCUAGCAAAUUGUCUGAAUUUUAAGCAUAUACUGUUGAACUUGUGAUAAUUUACAUCCUUAAUAAUUUGAUACUGUAUUUCUUGAGCGUCUUAGAGUGUAAAAACACCUCUGUUAAAGGUGUGUAAUUUUUAUUAUAAUAAAGCUUUUCACUUCUAUUUUGUAGUGUGGUGUAUGUGCCAGCUAUUAAAGUGUUAAUUUGUUUUUUAUAUGGCAGCAGAAACAAUGUCAUGUCCUUUUGGGUAGGACCAGACAGUGAA